GGAGCGGCGGCAGGAGCGUCAGCAGACGGACGAACAUCUGUCAAUCCUCCUAAACGCUUCACCUCCUCCGAUCUGCCGGUAAAAACCUCCGGAGCUCCUCUGCAGCUUAACGGCCGCUUCGACCCACCGCUGCUGCCUCCUCCGCGGCUCUCAGGAAGUCUGGUUUGAUGUCUGCGUCGGUCCUGUAUCCAUCGCUGUGUGGAAGCGUCAGUCUGGUCUGUGGACUCCUCCUCCUGACCUCCGCACCGCUCCUCACAGCAGGCCGACUGACUAACUGCACUUAUCCUCUGGUGCCUGAACAUGGAGGUUUCCGCUGCGAUCCGUCACCGUGUCGAGGUUUCACCCACAAGAGCUCCAUCCACAUCUUCUGUGAGCCGAGCCGGUACCACCUCAACAACAAAGUGCGCGUCUCCAGAUGUCGCUAUGGGAGGUGGCAGCCUGCAAUACCAGCCUGCAUCCCCAUCAGAGAUGGUGUUAACACGAACUCUGGCGACAGAGUGAAUAACUCAGUGCCCAGCAUGGCGACAACAGCGGUGGGCGUGUCCAUCUUCCUGCUCACCACCACUGCCUGCCUGGUCGUCAAGUCCCGCCUCUGCCCCUGUCAAUCACACAGCCGUCGAUCCUCAGACCAGCUCGACCUGAUGGUGGAUGGACUUCCUGUGUCCCUCCCCUCCUACGAGGAGGCAGUGUACGGCAGCUGGGGGCAGCGCCUCCCUGCCUGUUCAGCACCGGGACCCACCCAGCUCCUGUUGGCUCAGGAAGAUCCCAGCUGCCACCCGUCGCCUCACAACAGCCAAUCAGACAGCAGCCACCGCCCCCUCCUGUCCAGCCCUGACAACCCACCACCCCCGUACGAAGAGGUCCAGUCUUCACGUCCCAGAGGCAGGGUGCGUGAUGGGGACGUCCAGCAACGACAUGUUUCAGACGACAAGGACACCUGACUGACAGACUGUUUGUGACAUGUUUUUGAUUGACAGCUGCAGCGUUUACUCUGUGGAUGAUUUAACAAAAAAAAAAAAAAAUGACUGACAGCAGACCUCUGCACUUUUCCUGGUUGGCUGCGGCUCACCAGCAUCAGGGCACUCUGUCCAAUCAGGCGCUAGCUUAGAGGAAGCUGAUUGGCUGGUUGUUAGGUCUCAGAGACCUGACUGAAGAAUGAAUGUUUGAGUGUAUAUAUGGAGGACCAAAUCUGGCAUAAUGAAAAUAAAUAACUAAAUAAGUAAAAUAACUUAAAUCAUAAUAAAAAAUAAAACGAUAAGUUUCAAUUAUCUAAUGAAUAUGCAGGUUUAAUUUUUGAAAUAA